AACUCCUCUCUCUAAUCAAACUCGCAUGUCUUUGACUUUACCAACACACGCGCAUUUUUGUUUUGCUGCGCGAGAUCCGCAAUGAAUGUUGUUUACCCAAGCAGGUGGAUGUGACGUCACGGACUCAGAACAUCAAAAAAUAACAACAUCCAAAUCCGCGAUUCUCUCUCUUUUUCGUGCGCGUGCAAGGAGCGAUAAAGUGUAAUAACAUCAGUAGCAGCUCGCGCUCGUGAUCGGCGGAGAAAGGUGACGUGAAACGGACUGGAAACGGCUUCCACGCGGACUGUUUGCAGUUGAAGUUGUAAUUGUUAGUUAUUUACAGUGCACGCGCUCGUGGUACACAAGAUCGCGUGAAGAGCUGAACUAUUUUCGCGCACAAAUUACGCGUCGCCGCGUCUCUAUCAAACCCCGACUUCUCAGAGAAGUUAAGGGGAUUUAAGCUGACAGACUGCGAUUAUCAUAGCGGCUGAACCUCAACCUGAGACGAUUGAACUUGCUGCGCCACAACCAAUGGUUACGCCUCUUCCUUCCAUUUUCUGAAUUCUGAUUGGAACAAUGGAAUGUCAAUCUCAUUAAAGCAAGUGACUGUGGGAGGAGAGCUGAGUGGUCCAGGCCUGCGGAUGCUGAGGAUUCAGGACGGGUGUGUUGAAACAAAGAACGGCCAGCGAGACAGGAAGGAGAAACAGAUACGCCGUUUUCUCAGCAGAACAGCAGGAGAAAAGGUGUUGAAAUAUUGGUGAGCCUACGCAUGCAUCCUGGGCAGGGAGGUUAAACAACGCUGGAACUGAAGACGGCCUCAAUAAGCAAGUCCUUGGAGAAGGUUUUUAAGUCAUGAUGCAAGAGUCAGGGACAGAGGCGGCAAGCAAUGGAACGGCCAAUCAGAACGGCUUCCCACCGGGCGUGGACGGACACCGAGAAGUUCAAUCCAAAAGUGCCACACCUUCUUCUGACAUCACAGCAUCCGAUAUUUUGAACUUCCAGCAACAGCAGGCCUUACAAGUUGCUCGGCAGAUCCUUCUCCGACAACAACAACAGCAGAGCGGCGCCCCCAAGUCCCCCAAAAACAAUGAAACACAGCCUGCACCACAGGUCCCAGUUUCUGUUGCUAUGAUGACACCACAGGUCAUAACUCCUCAACAGAUGCAGCAGAUCCUCCAACACCAAGUUUUGAGCCCCCAGCAGCUCCAACUGUUACUGCAGCAACAACAAGCACUGAUGUUACAGCAGCAGCAGCUUCAGGAGUUCUACAAGAAACAGCAAGAACAACUCCACCUUCAGCUCAUCCAGCAGCAGCAUGGCACCAAGGCGCAGAGCAAAGAGCGUGCCCUCAACAUUGCUCCACCCUCCCUCCUUACUGAAAAGACCCGGAUUGCUGGUCUUUACCAUACAGUUUGUUGGCCUUCAGAUGCUGGUCCCCAUCAUGCAGAACUGGUGUCUGCGCAGCAGCUGGCAUUCCAACAGCAGCUCCUUCAGGUUCAGCAGCUGCAGCAGCAGCAUCUUCUGAAUCUGCAAAGACAAGGCCUGCUGUCUAUCCAACCAAACCAGACUCUGCCCCUGCACUCCCUCACUCAGGGCAUGAUUCCAGCUGAACUACAGCAGCUGUGGAAGGAGGUAACAAACAGCCAUGUGAAGGAGGAGAACAGCGCAACAAAUAACGGGCACCGGGGUCUGGACCUGUCGUCACCUUCUCCCGCCCCUCCUAAAACCCACAACCAGCACGUAUCCACCAACGGGCAGUACAUCAGCCAUGCACCCAAGAGAGAGAGUUCAACGUUGGAUGAUCAUUCGUCCCACAGUCAUCCUCUCUACGGUCACGGCGUCUGCAAAUGGCCAGGAUGUGAAGCAGUGUUUGACGAUUAUCAUAUGUUUCUGAAACAUCUGAAUAAUGAACAUGCUCUGGAUGACAGGAGCACAGCGCAGUGUCGGGUACAGAUGCAAGUAGUUCAGCAGCUGGAACUGCAGUUAGCAAAAGACAAAGAGCGUCUCCAAGCCAUGAUGACACAUCUGCACGUGAAGUCUACAGAGCCCAAAUCCACCCCACAGCCACUGAACCUGGUGUCCAACGUUACCCUGUCCAAGACGGCUCCCGAAGCCUCGCCGCCCCUCAGCCUACCCCGGACGCCCACCACCCCGACGGCACCCCUUACACCGCUCUCACAAACCCACUCCGUUAUCACUCCCACCAGCCUGCACAAUGUGGGACCCAUGCGCAGACGCUACUCUGACAAGUACAACAUGCCCAUUUCUCCGGAUAUUGUCCAGAACAAAGAAUUCUAUAUGAACGCUGAAGUACGACCUCCUUUCACGUACGCUUCAUUAAUACGACAGGCAAUACUAGAGUCGCCAGAUAGACAGCUAACACUAAACGAGAUCUACAAUUGGUUCACGCGAAUGUUUGCAUAUUUCAGACGCAAUGCAGCGACGUGGAAGAACGCAGUGCGGCAUAACCUUAGUCUUCACAAGUGUUUUGUGCGGGUAGAGAACGUUAAAGGGGCGGUAUGGACCGUCGACGAACUAGAGUUCCAAAAGAGAAGGCCGCAAAAGAUCAGCGGAACUCCAGCUCUUGUUAAGAACAUCCAUACCACUUUGGGAUAUGGUCCCGCCCUUUCUGCAGCUUUCCAGGCUUCGAUGGCAGAGAACAACAUACCUCUAUACACUACCGCUUCCAUCGGAAGUCCCACUCUUAACUCGCUUGCCAGCGUCAUCCGAGAGGAAAUGAAUGGGGCCAUGGACCACGGGAACAGCAACGGUAGUGACAGCAGCCCUGGACGCUCGCCCCUGCCAACUAUGCAUCAUAUCAGCGUUAAAGAAGAGCCACUGGACCCGGAGGAACACGACGGUCCCCUUUCCCUCGUGACGACAGCCAAUCACAGUCCAGACUUUGAUCACCACAGAGAUUACGAGGACGACCACGGGCACGAGGACAUGCUGUAAGCCUGUUUUCCCCCGACGAGGCCAAACUAACUGCGAGAUAUAGCAAGCCCAAGACUGAAUUCACAGUACUCUUGUUGACAGCUAUUCAAAUGUUACUCUUAGUGCCAUUUAAAUACCAAUUACGUGAUAAGAAAAAUCAAAUCCGUUUGGAAGUAUUUUUGAUUUGUUUCUACUUUUCGGUUAAGAGACUCAAGAGCGUAAAUUUCUACUCGUCACUCGAUGAAGAGACGUUUGGUACUGGGGGCCUGCUUCUACUUCCUUUUGGCAAAGUGUCACCGAGACCAGAGCGGACAUUGAAACGCAGCUGAGAAAGACUGGCUCAUCGCCCUCUGAGUCUAAUAAACACUGAUCAGAACUGUAAAGCACACACACACACAAAUCAAUAGCGCUUGGAGCGUGCCACUCACAUGGUGUGCGUGUACGUAUGUGACUUUAAAUCAUUGCCUUCUUCAGACCUUCUUAAAGGGAUAGUUCACCCAAAAAUGAAAAUCAUUUAUUCACCCUCUUCGUGUUUCAAAUCUGUUACUUUUGAACAUUGUCAAUAAUGUCCCGUUCACUCCUUAGCAAAAAGCGAAAAUGAAUGUGGACUUAAGCUUUUCUAAAGGCUUUGGAAGCCACAUAAUAUCUUUGUGUGAGGAACAAUUACGAAAAAUAAAAAACAUGACAUUUCCUUGGCUUAAUGCUGUGUUCACACCAGCCGCGGUAGAGGCGUCAAGCGCGAGUUAUUUCAAUGUUAAGUCAAUGUAAAGAUGCGUUGACACGCACCUGGAGGUCUCACGGCGCGAAUGAGGCAUUUAGUGCGGUAGACGCGAUUCCACCUCAUUCGUGCAUCUAGUUUGCGGUAAUGGCGCAAAUUAAGCGUUGCCGCGGGAAACGUGCAAGUUGAAAAAUUUUAACUUUGGCGGAAAAACACCCCACGUUAAUCAAUCAGGAGCUUGCUGUAGUAGUUGCGUGAUUACAGAAAGCGAGCGGAGUCGCAGAAGCCCCUCCCAUGACGCGAAUUCCCACGUGAAUGUCUCGAUGACUAGAAUUUCACACGUGAAUGAAGCGAGUAAACUCAAAAUGUUCAAGCGGCAAACUAGACGCGGUAGACGCGAAUUUGAUGCCUCAAACGCGACUGGUGGGAACCCACAGUUAGAGAAGUUUGCGAUUUAUAAUUGGAGUUACGGGGUUUUGAAUUCGAGAGGGUGCGCAAAAUGUCAUUUUUGGGCAAACUCUUUCUUUAAGUUUGCUUCCGUCACAGCUGGAAAAUGUCUUGAGGGUUCCUGAGCAAAUAAUUUAAACGUAGUGUCCUUUCAUUACUCUGUGCUGUUAGCUAUAUAUCCUUUUUUUUUUUUUGGGUUUGUUUGUUUUGGUAACUGAUCAGACCUCAUGAAUAAUAAUGUGGAGUUAUGGUGUGCUUAGCACUGGAUGAAUGUGUCAGGCUUCUUUCGUCAUGCUAUCUUUUCCUUGAAAAUUGAUACGGAAUGUCGCAUUACCGUGUAGUAUUUUUCUGUCAUUUGUUCCCAGCGUUUCGGAUCGCCACUCCGCACUCACAUCCCCUUAUGGGCGGACACACACACGUUUUCUCAUUCAUGACGACUCUCUGCAAAUGCACUAUUCGUAAUGAAGGCUCUCCCUCUCUCUCUCCACGCACCGAUGAAGUUUAAUUUUCCUAUGGAAUGAAUGACAGAGAAAUCAACGCAGGUUUAUCAUUAAAAAAAAAAUUACUUUCAAAAAUCCCCUUUUGUGGUGAUGCAUGUUAGCGUCAACCGAAUCCCAAGCAUCUAUAUUUAAAAAAAAGAAUGAAAUGUCAAAGCAUCAUUGAUAAUUGUUAGUCAUCAAGCUUUUUGUGAUUUUGUUAGCAGAAACUUUUUCAGAAACUGUCUUUGCAUUUUUUUUUACCACAUCACGACUGGUUCGUCCUCUCUGUUAUUAGGCAUUAUUAAUAAUUACACACAAGAUUAAAGGGAUUAUUUACAGCCACGACCACUGAGCAUUACAACAUUGGGGCAGCCCACUAUAACCGUUCACUUCAUGUUGUUUCCGACUGGAUGUUCUUGAAACUUGGAAACAACUCGGAAAUGCUGCCUGCUAGUUUAGAGGACAGGCAAAAAUUUUGGACUGCGCAGAGAUUAGAAAAGUAUAGAUUAGACUUUUUUUUUUUUUUUAAAGAUUGCAACCAACCACUUUUUUGUUCUUAUUUAUUACUUCCAGUGUUUAUUGUCUUUUUAUUUUUACUUUGUCUGUGACUACCAAAGAUACUACAAGUUGAUAUAUUCUGUGUUCAUGCAAUAGUUUAACAUAAAGGCCAAAUAUCUUUAGUAUUCCCCACACUGGCUAAAUGCAAAAAGAUGAAAUGUUUCAAACUGUAUUAUAGUGAAUAAAUCGGUGAAAAAAGCCAAAGGGGUGUUCGACGGGCAGCUGUCUUUGCCCAUGACCAAAAUAGGAGAGACCAACAGAUGACCAAAUCAAAGCGAUGUUGUCUUUGGGCCAAUGAAAAGGAAAAAGGGAGUGUUCUAUCUGGAAAUGAUGAUGAUGAUGAUGGUUAUGAAGAAAGAGUUUAGGACUGUGUUCACGGGAUAUUUAAAUCCAGAAAGGGGAAAGCAUUUGCAUAACACAAUGUGAACAGAUUUCAAACUGGACCACACAAUAAUAGACACAUGUUGAUGUUUUUUAUGUUGCCAUUUAAGAUUGUAUGCCACUUAUCUUGUAAAUCCACAACGGGAUUCCCAAUGUCCUUUGUUAUCCUUGGCAAUGCUCUAUGAUUGUGAUUUAGUGUCUGUCAACUUAUUACUUUUUUAUAUUAAAAAACACUCCUGUCAACCAAUAAGCUGGGUACAAGGUACUUUAAUGGUAGUUAAUACUACAUGUAAAUUUAUCCAAUCGUUUUUCUUACUGAUGAAAAGGGCCAUCUGUUUUUCACCGAAGGACAGUGGGAUACGAUUCAAGCUUGGAUGGAUUGCCGUCUCUGAUUGGUUAAUUGUUAUUCUUGAGCAGGACGACGAGACCACUCACCGCAUGUGUAGCUCGGCAUUACUGAAGAAAUACAGCAUGAGAAACUGUUAGUACGCAUACCUCAGUUCAAUCCUUAUAGGGAAUGAGAAAAAUAAAUAAUAUAACAUUUCACUCAGUUGCACUUAGUUGUACGUCUUGCAUGUUUAGUCUAAAACUGUAGCAAACUAUUUUAAGAAAAAGAUUUUUAAAAAUAUAUAAAAAUCAGAGCUUGGUAAUCAUUGGGGGGUCUCUUUGUGUUUUUUUUUUUUUUUUUUAAAGCAAAUCCAAACCUCAGGAUUUUUUAUUGUUGAAAACUCCACUUAGCUUGCUUCAAUGUUAAUUUUUUUACUUCCUCUCCGGUAAACUGCUUCCAAGACUGCUGUUUUUAGCUUUUGUUGAAGUAUAGGUUGUACAUACUACACCAUUUUAUAGCUUUUCUGUCCUCAUUUUCUGAUUCUUUAAUACUGUUUGUAUCACCAUGUUUGCUUUAUCACAACUGCUUUGUAUUUACUAUUAAAAAAACGACGAUAAAACAAACCGAAAUGAGCUACUGCUGUAUGUAUUCCAAUAGCGUACUGUGCUGCAAAUGUAAUUGACUUGGUAAUCCUUGCUUGUCUGGGGAAAAAGUGAAACUCACAGACAUCUGUGAGCGAGAAGGGAGGGAAUGGAUCUGGGGAUAAUCCUUCGUUUUUUUGGAUUCUUAAAAAAUGUACAAUAGAAAACAGAUUUUGUUAUCAU